GAGGCCGGGAGAGGACAGAGAGGCACGUUAACUACCAGUCGUUCCCCCUGACCCACUACCCGACGGGACUGCUGGAGCCGCGGCGGAAACGAUGAAUAGAUUCAGCCUGCCGCGGGACUCUGAAAGCCAAACCUCCUACUCUUCCCAAAUGAAAAUCGUGAGCAGGAUGGACAACCUGAGAAAUGUGUCCGAAGGCUUCUUAAGUUUGUCCUCGGAAAGCAGGGACUGGAACACCACGAGCGGCCCCAGCACUUGGGAGCGGUUCGCUCCCUCACUGUGCGCCUCACAAUGGACUGAGAAUUCGUCGGCUCUUUUGGCGCUCAGUCCCGAAGCCAUGUGGAUGUCCGCCUGCCCUCUGUGCGCUGGCCAAGGGCCAGAAUGGGCUCGUGUGGUCCAGGAACCCCCGUACACGAUCCAGAUCCAGCCACCUGACUUCCCUUUGGGAAAGAAAAUCGUACAAGCCUUCUUACCGACAUGGCCCCUCAUCGAUUGGGACGACGCCUGGGGCCACCGACAAGCUUACAAACGCUACCGCUCCACCAAGGGGAUCUCUUCCCAAAAGGGGGCGUUUGCGCGAAACCAGGAACUACUGGCAGCCUCCGUGGGCAACCUGGACUGGCUGCAUCACUGCCUGAAGAACCAGAAGGACAUCCGCUCUGACCGCAGGGGCUUCACAGCCCUCCACCUGGCAGCAGAACGCGGCAACCUGGAGUGCAUGAUAGCUCUGGUGGAUCAGUACAAGUUCCCCGUGGAGACGACCACGACCAAGGGCUGGACUCCCCUUCACCUGGCCAUUAACAAGGACAAUCCGGCCGUGUCCCUUAAAUGUAUUCAGUACCUUCUCCAGAAGGGAGCUCCAGUCAAUGCCCGGAAUCGAAAUGGCAUUACCCCCCUGCACCUGGCAUCUGGGGAGGGCAUGCUGGACUGCAUAAAGAUCCUGGUGAAAGCUGGGGCUGAUGUACAUGCCCUCGACAACCAUAACCGGAAGGGCAUUGACAUAUGCAAGGCAUGGAACCACAGAGAAUGUGCCCGGUUCUUGAAGGAUGCCAUGUGGAAACGGGACAAGAAAGACUUGGCUGAAGAGAUGGGUCAACUGAACCAGCUUAAAAAGCGAUUGCUGGUCAUGCAGAAUAAAUACCUCCUUGAAAAGAAGAAAGAGAAGGAGGUCCAAAACCAAGUCGCCUUCACCAAAUGGCUCCAAACUAAGCCUCUGCCCAAGAUUAAGAUCCCGGAGCCCGCCCCGACUACGAAGGAAUCCGCCCGAGUUACGAAGGAAUGCGCCCGAGUUACGAAGAAAUCCGCCCCGGUUACGAAGGAGUCUCCUCGGCUUAGGAAUGAGCCGCCUCCGGUUGCGAAGGAGGCCCCCUCCGUUAAGAAGUGCCGCCAGUUUACGCAGACGCAGCCUCCGUGGAGGCCUCAGCCACCCUCCAUGCCCCGCACCGUUUUGACUCCCCCCGCCCGCCGGAGACUCCGCCCCUUGAAGACAACCAAGCCUUCGAACCCCCGCUCCCCCUUAACCACCCUUCGCUCUUUGAGCCCCCUCAUCCCGAGUAGCCGGUCCCGGUCCAGCCAGUCCCAUUCCAGGCCCCGAUCCCACCGUUCCGGCGCCCAUUUGCCUCGUAGCCCCUUGCCCCCUUCGACGGUCCGCUCACGAAUCUCCACGCUGUUCGAAUCGUCGGACGCAGUGUCCAGCUCGUCCCGCCCCGCCACGGCCCUCUACCUGUCUCCCAGCUUCCCGCCAAGCCCCGAAUACUACUCCCAGGCUAACCGCCAGUCCUAUCCCUCCUUGCACCCGCCAUCAGAGCUGACGCUCCCCGAGUUACAGUUACUGGAUGGCCAGAAUCGCACGUCUUCCAUCCCCCGGGCUGCGAGCCCGCCGCAGCACCUGAUGUCCCUCCUAGACAUCUACUUGGCCGACAUCCCCCUAACCCCUCCCCCGGCCAGGCCGUCCUCGCCCUCCCGCUGGGCUGCCAAAUGGAACCCGAGCACCAAUCCCGACGCACGGCCGGUCACCCAGAUUGCCUUCCCGCUGAGCGUGCGCCUGGGCGUGCACCCGGACCCGGUACAGGCGCACGACUUCUGCAACUUCCUCAAGUUCUCCUCAGACGGCGAGGGCGGGGUGCACAUCCAAACUGCCGACGGCCAGUGGGUCUUCCCAGUGCCCCGACUGCCCAUCAAGGUCCUGCUCCGAGAGCUGUGCCCAAGCCGGCAGCACCAGCGCCUGAAGGUGCCGGAGGGGCUGAAGCGCUUAGCGGUCCAGGACCUGCCCCGGAGGCGCUACGCCGGGGAUCAGUGCUUCUGGACAGAUUCCAUGGCCAUGAGCCUCCGGGACACCUUCGACCCAGCCUUCAUCUCCCUGAUGCGAAAGCACCAGGGGCUUCCUUCCUCUCCCACCUCCCCUGGCUCCUCGUCUUCCUCCUCCCCCACCUCUUCAAUCGCUCUCAGACAGUGCUGGGCCCUCCUCUUCUAUUCCCUUCAUGACCUUCCCCUCAUAAAGUAAUUUUAUUGACUU